AUCCUGUUGAAGGGCUGCUGCAUGGAGAUCAUGUCGCUGCGAGCGGCCGUGCGCUACGACCCCGAGAGCGAAACGCUGACACUCAACGGCGAAAUGGCUGUCACUCGCGACCAGCUUAAAAAUGGCGGUCUGGGUGUGGUUUCUGACGCCAUUUUUGACCUCGGUGUGUCGUUGGCCUCUUUCAGCCUGGAUGAUUCGGAGGUGGCUCUCCUACAGGCAGUCAUCUUGCUUUCAUCGG